UUAGCAAAGCCCUACAAGAACGCAUUUUCUAUUGUCACUCCUGCGGUCACCGAUAGCUUCACUGCCACUGGGGCAGGUGAAAGCUUUCACGCGGCCCGCAUCAAGCAUUUGACUAGCUGGGGAAUGUCCUCUCAAGAGCUGUUACAGUGUAUUGAAGAUGGCAUCUUGAAACUGAUUGACGGGCCUUUCUGGUUAUAUAUACCCGAUUUCAAUUGGCUUGAUGUUCGCACAAAUAUGGGUUCAUCACCCACCUACGAACAUCUUGUCGUGGACGACAGGCCCACAGUAGCAAGCGCUUCAAACCCCGAGAAAUCUGGAUCGUUAAACCAUAUAAUAUGCGACCUGUUAGGUGUUCUUCCGGAAGAUCUCUCGCCAAAUGUCCCGUUGACAACCUAUGGCCUAGAUUCGCUCUCGGCGGCAUCGUUAUCCUUUUCCCUUCGUUCGCAUAUUUCCAUCUCUCAGACUCAGCUUCUUGCAGAUAUGACCUUGCGGAAACUGGAAGCACGCAUCGAAGAAAAUACAUUAGUUCCAUCAUCGCCUUUGGAGCAUAGGCGGCAGUCAAUUGAGGCCAAAUGUUUAGAAAUGGAGGACCUGCUUAAAAAGUACACUUCUCAUUUCCCAGCUCAUAUAGGCAAGUCUAUACCAGGGGCCAAUCAAGGCCGUGUGAUCCUCGUUACCGGAACUUCUGGUACCUUAGGAGCUGCUGUGCUUGACCGUCUUCUUCGGUAUCCAAACGUCAGCCAAAUUUAUGCCCUUAAUCGUCGUGAUGUCUCUGCAAGGCCACAGCUGCAGCGGCAUAUAGCCGCUUUUGAAGCUAGAGAUUUUGAUGCAUCAUUCUUACGCGCGCAGAAUUUGACCUUUCUGGAGGGAACAGUAGAUCAAAUGUAUUUUGGGCUACCUGCCGACUUGUAUCAUCAGCUCACCAACUCUGUGACACAUAUUAUUCAUGCGGCCUGGCCCAUCGACUUUAAUAUGCCUUUGUCUUCAUUUGAGCAAGCUAUUCUUGGUGUGCGACAACUAGCGAAUUUUGCACUGGAGUCCCCUCUGGUGAAUCCACCACGCCUUCUCUUCACAAGUUCUAUAGGUGUCCUCAGUGGCCUGAAGUCGUCAGAUGCUACCGAGGAGACGCCGAUAGAGGAUCCAAGAAUCUCGGUUGGUGCGGGAUAUAUAGAGAGUAAAUGGGUUGCCGAACGUGUCCUUUCCGCAGUAGCCGCAUCUACUGCCUUGCGGCCAGUCAUCGUUCGUAUUGGACAACUCACUGGGGGACGAAAUGGAUUUUGGAAAGUAACGGAGUGGGUACCUUCAAUGAUUCGCUCUAGUAUCACUUUAGGGGCGCUGCCAGACCGAUCUGACAGUGCUGAUCCCUUUCCACAGAUUCUCAACUGGAUUCCUGUUGAUAUCGCCGCACCAGCCAUCAUUGAUAUGAUGGAUUCAUCGACUCACAUACUCCAUCUAGUUCAUCCUCACCCUAUAUGUUGGUCGGAGUUGAUGCAACAUAUUGCGCUGGCUAUGAAUCUGCCACUGAUUCCUUACUCGAGAUGGCUGUCGUCUCUUGAAAAGCGGUCACUGUUUCAAGACACGUCAGGGAAAAUCAUUCCGGCUCUUAGAUUACUUGCUUUCUUUCAGUACUCUGUUUAUCGAGGAGAUGGAUCCUCGACGGACAACUUUCUAGAGCCAAGAGCAUCCUGCCAGCAAGCAAUACAGGUGUCGCCGACUUUAAGGGAUACGAGCAUAACUCCACUAGGGCUACGGGAUGUGGAGAAGUGGUUGUCAUACUGGAACAGGGUGGGUUUCCUUCCCCUAGAUGCAUCUGCGAUUUAAAAGUGGCUACUGCAUUUUAUAUCAUUAUUGUUGCCUCUGUGAUUGGAGAGUGUCUAUGAAAUGGCAAACAGAUCAUGCUGGAUUCAAGCGAAUCACAGCGUGAAGUGACCAACGCUUGAAGCCUCAGUAUGGUAUGACAUCAGUAAAACAUCAAUUUCCUUUAAAGAUCUUAACUCAGCUUGGAACCAUUUGAAUAAGCAUUAAGAUUAUUUUCGUG